CUAAUAUUUGAAUUUGUGUUAUGCAACUCACAUAUCAAACGGACUAAAGUGCCACUUAAUGCAAGCAAAUAAAUGUAGCCUAACAAUCAUUCCCAGUACGAAACAGCACCUGAAAGAUGGAGGUCGAUUUGGUUCAUGUUCUAGCAGUAGUAACUAUUAUUGGCUGGUUCUAUCAUUGGCUGACAAAAAAUCUGGACUAUUUUCAUGACAAGCCAAUCCCGUCAAUGGCAGUGAAACCGAUCGUUGGUAGCACUGGCUCGAUGCUUUUCAAGAAGACCUCAUUCACGGAAUUCAUCAAGCGUGCUUAUGAUAAAUUUGAAGGUGUAAAAGUGUUCGGUCUAUUUGAUGCAAACUUACCAUUUUUUGUGAUUCGUGACCCAGAGCUUAUUAAGACCAUUGGCAUCAAAGAUUUCGAAUAUUUCAUAAAUCACCGACCGAUUUUUGGAAAAAAUGAUAGCGAUCAUCCGGAUGUGAUAUUUGCGAAAUCUUUGUUCGUACUUAACGACCAGAAAUGGAAAAACAUGCGAAUUACACUCAGUCCAGCAUUCACCGGUUCCAAAAUGCGACAAAUGUUUGAAUUGAUCGUCGAUUGCUGCGAGAGUACGGCUUCUUUCUACCGUGACGAAUGUAAGAGCACAAAGCUUCCGCUGGUGUACGAAAUGAAGGAUGUAUUUUCGAGAUUUGGCAAUGAUGUGAUUGCAUCCUGUGCCUUCGGAAUGAAGAUAGACUCAUUCAGAAAUCGAGAAAAUCAAUUUUUCUGUCAUGGGAAAGACAUGUUCAAGUUCAACACUGUUAAAGCAAUGCUUCGUACAUUCGGUUUUCGUUUUAUUCCGACUAUUAUGAGCUAUUUGGGUAUCGAUUUCAUUGAACAUAAACAUAACGCAUAUUUUUCGGCGCUUAUAAAAAACGCUGUCAACUUGCGAGAAACUCAAGGAAUUUUUAGACCAGAUAUGGUUCAUUUAUUGAUGCAAGCUAGAAAAGGCACACUGAAACACCAACACGAGAAAUUUCAAAAAGAAGGAUUCGCAACCGUUGAAGAAUCUGAUAUGGGGAAAGGAGAUACUUUGCAUUCCAUGACUGAGGUCGAAAUGAUAGCUCAAUGUUUGAUUUUCUUUCUAGCAGGAUUCGACACGGUGUCUACGAAUCUCACUUUCCUGUCGUAUGAGCUUACUAUUAAUCCAGAUGUUCAGAAAAAAUUGUAUGAGGAAAUUGUGGCUACACAUCGGUCUCUGAAAGGUAGUCCAUUGAACUACGACACACUUCAGAAGAUGCAAUACAUGGAUAUGGUAGUAUGCGAAUCACUGCGGAUGUGGCCUCCUGUACCUGCAGUAGAUCGCCUCUGCGUACGAAAUUAUGAACUGGACGAUGGAGCAGGUCUAAAGUUUACCAUCGAAAAAGGUACUGCGGUGUUCUUCCCAGUUCAAGGAUUACACUACGAUCCGAAGUAUUUUCCAAACCCGGAGAAAUUCGUGCCAGAACGUUUCAGUGAUGAAAAUAACGAAAACAUUCGUCUUGGAACAUAUCUACCGUUUGGAAUUGGACCUAGAAACUGUAUUGCCUCUAGAUUUGCCUUAAUGGAAGUUAAGGCAAUCAUGUACCAUAUGCUCUUGCACUUUAGUUUCGAAAGAACGGAAAAAACACAGGUUCCAUUGCAGCUUGCUAAAGGUUAUAUCGGAUUACAUUCUAAAGCCGGAUUGUUUGUCGAACUUAAGCCACGAUCCCAUGUUACGGUUGGUGAAUGAAAAUAAGUAACUACACAGAAAUUUAAUUCAACAGAUUCAUUAAAUAAAAACCUGUUUUAAUCCACCUAGUGGUGUAAUGAUA